GCGUGUUGUCCGCCUUCUUUGUACAUUGUGUCACUUAUUGCCUAUUGGCGGUUAAUCGUUAAUAAUUGCCAAUUGGUCGAGGCUAGCGGCUUCAGAGUACAGCAACAGCUGCACAACAACAAUAUUAUUAUAACAUGAUUCACUAAUACACUAUUAUAGUUAGCUAUACUGUUGUCUAUUUUUAUUAUUAAAGUACAUCCAAUACAUCCGGUUAUUUUGGCGAUAGGAUACGUCGUAUACUCGUAUUCGGCAAGGUGGCAGGUGCAAACUAACUCCUCCAAACAGGCGCACACGUUGAUAAUAUUAAUUAAUCGUAAUUGUGUUAUAUAUAUUAUCCACCGGUUUAAUCUUAUUUUUGUGCCCGAUUCUGUCUGAUUCUGCGUUCAGCCGUCAGUGAUUUUGAGCUUUCCGUGCUUACGAACCUCACCAAUCAUGAUGGACUACUCGGGAAAGUCUAAUACGAAUCUGUUCGUUAAAAAGCGAGAUGGCCGUUUGGAAGAAGUACUAAUGGACAAGAUCACGCUACGCAUUGAACAACUAUGUGAUGGCCUCAACAUGGAUUUUAUUGAUCCGGUUAUAAAACAUUUUAUAUUAUUAUUAGGAAAUGGGUUUUUAUUUUUUAUUAGUUUUCAACUUAAAGUUAUUAUACAUGUUUCUUGUUGUGAUUUAGUUGUAGCUUUUUACAAGACAGGUAGCCUUUAUAAUCGGUAUGAAGAUGAAAAACUUUAUAACAAACAGGUAUCAGCAAGAGAAUUAUGGUUCCGUAUAAUAACUUCUCAAAUUGAAACUGGUAUGCCGUAUAUGUUGUAUAAAGAUGCAUGUAAUGCUAAAAGCAAUCAAAAAAAUCUUGGUACAAUUAAGUGUAGCAAUCUUUGUACUGAAGUUGUACAAUACACUUCGGCAGAAGAGGUAGCAGUGUGUAAUCUAGCUUCCAUUGCAGUAAAUAUGUUUGUUAAACCCAAUGGAGAAUAUGAUUUUGAAAAGCUUUUAAAAAUUACUAAAAUUGUCACUAGAAAUUUGAACAAAGUAAUAGAUGUCAACUUUUAUCCUGUCAAAGAAGCUGAAACUUCUAAUAAACGACAUCGUCCUAUUGGAAUUGGUAUCCAAGGGUUGGCAGAUUUAUUCUCAAUUAUGCGAUUUCCAUUUGGCUCACCUGAAUCACGAAAGCUUAAUUUACAAAUAUUUGAAACUUUGUAUUAUGGUGCGUUAGAAGCUAGUUGUGAAUUAGCUGAAAAAUAUGGAACUUAUUCAUCGUAUCAAGGAUCACCAAUCAGUCAAGGAAUUUUACAGUAUGAUAUGUGGAAUGUAAAGCCCAGUGAUUUAUGGAAUUGGGAAAUAUUAAAAGAAAAAAUUGCUAAACACGGUGUUAGAAAUUCAUUGUUGUUAGCACCCAUGCCUACUGCUUCAACAGCUCAAAUUCUUGGCAAUAAUGAAUCUAUAGAACCCUAUACAACAAAUUUAUAUUACAGACGUACUCUUAGUGGAGAAUUUAGUGUGAUUAAUCGUCAUUUGUUAAACGAUCUAAUUAAACUUGACCUAUGGAAUGAAGAUAUGAGAAAUAAAUUGAUUUUCCAUAAAGGAUCAGUACAGAAAAUAGAAAGUAUUCCAGACAAUAUUAAAGAACUGUAUAAAACAAAUUGGGAACUAUCUCAAAAAAUCAUUUUAGAUAUGGCUGCAGAUCGAGCAGCAUACAUUGAUCAAUCUCAGUCAUUAAAUAUUCACAUUGAGCAACCAACUAUUAGUAAAAUAUCAUCUGUUCAUUUCUAUGGAUGGAAAAAAGGCUUAAAAACUGGUAUGUACUAUUUGCGUACCAGACCAGCAGCUGAUCCUAUACAGUUUACUGUUGAUAAAAGUACACUGUCUAAUAAUGUUGCGAUCCAAACCGAGAAAAAUGAUGCACUAAAUAUGGAACAAUUGGUAUGUUCAUUGGUAAAUAAAGAUGCUUGCACAAUGUGUGGUGCUUAGAUCACUGAUACAUACUUUCAUYUGUGUGGUUAUUGAUGUAUCAGAUAAUGUCAAAUAUUAUUUAUGUGGUAAUUUCACCAUGAUUUUUUUGUAAUCCCUU